GGAACGCGAAAGUCGUCGACGGAGAGCCAACGGUGCGGAUGAAAGUUUCGCAGCGAACUGGGAAGAUUUUUGAAAAGCGCAGGCGUGCAACGGUUUUUUUUUUUUUUAGUUUUUUUUGGGGGCUUGGGCUACGCUUCGUGGCGAACGGUGAAUGGCAGCCUUUUUUUUCGAGUGUGGUGGCUGAGUGCAAUUCAAAACGCAUUUCGUGCAUAAUUUGUGGAAUUUUACGCGUUGUAAAAUCAAUUUCAUUGUGCAAAUUUGAAUUCUUGCCUGCUUUCCGUUGGCUUGCAGCGGCAACAGCUGAAAUAUAAUGCAGUCACAUCAAGCGGGCAAGCAAUAAACAAAUAUCCCAAAAAAAUCAAGAAAAUUUACAAAAAAAAUCAAAGAAACACACACACAUUUGAAGAGUCAACAGCAAUUACAAGGCACUAAAAACCGGAGGAAGAGGGGGUCUCCAUCACCAUCACUCCAUCGCCAUCGCCAUCGCCAUCUCCGUCUCCUUGGCCAUCGUGGACCACCAAAAAAGCACUCGAACCGCUAGCGAGUAGCGUGCGAAAAUGGAACGAACCCAGAAAAUAUAGCCCCAGGGAAUAUGCCCGCUGCUUUCCGAAGAAUCGAGAACGAGAGAAAGAGCUAGCUAGAAAGACCGAGAAGAAAGAGCACGAAAUUCUAGCAGAAGGAAGCGGGCGAGAGCUACAUGCAUUCAAACGUGUUUACAGCACUUUUCAAAACUAAUUUAAAAUAAUGUCCACAUUUAGGAGGUUGUCAUUAGGAAAGGAGUUUUAAAAAUAGCCUUGUAGUAUGUGAGAAGAAUCGAGAAGAAGACAGGGAAAGGUCUAGAAGACUCUGAAAAGAAAACAGUAGAAAAAGUUCAAAAAAGAGUUGCAAAAUGCAUUGCAAAUAAUGGAAAAUCUUCUUUAUUUUUAAGAAAGCUCAUAAAAUGUAAUCAAGGGACUUGGAGAAGAUUUCCGAAAUAAGAAGACCAAAUUCUAAAGAUAUGAUUUUAUGAUUCUUUCCUAUAGUUAGCUCUAUUUGGUCAGCAUCAUUAGCUGAUAAAUUGGACACCAUUAAUUUAUUCAUUCGCCCAUUUCGCUUUUGUCUUAUUAAUUGGCUUGCAUGCUCGAAACUGUCAAUGAGGCAAGGUCACCGAUCGGUUAAGGAAACGAGUGGCGAUGUGAGAACUCUUAAGAUCUCGAAGAUAAAUAGGAGAGCGACUGGUCGAAAGGUGACCUAGACAAGUGGAAACCCCGCUUAGAGCUUGAAGUAGAAGAGGAAAUGAGAUCCAAUGGAAUAUUUUCAGUUUUAGAGGAUCUCUUCGGGAUCAGGAUGUCGGCUGCCACGCACAUGGCCAUGCCGGCUCACGCCGUCGUCCCGCCGCCCGGCACACCGCCUGUGCUGGGGGGCAGUGGGUGCUCCAAUCUCAGCCUGCCGUCGGGCAAGCGUGGCCACAAGCGCAGCGUCUCGCUGGAGAAUAAUGCACCGCUCGCACUGCGCAGCACUCCCAGCAUGGGCCAAUCCUCGCUGGGCUCGCCGCUGCUGCAGUUUGGCCAGGCGCAGGGGCAAGGACACGCGCAGGGCUUCCACACGGGCACAUUGAAGUCGCGUCAGGAGCAGCGCCGGCUGAGCCAGAAGUUCGGGAGUCACAGCAACUUGGAUGACGAGGGUGUGGGCAUUGGUGUGGGCAUGGGCAUGGGCCUGCAGAUGCGCAGCAAGUUCCAGAACAUACGGCAAAUGUUCGAGCUGAGUCGCAGUUGUGUGGGCGGCGGGGGCGGCGAUGGCAGAGGGGGCGCGGCCGAGGAGGAGGCAAUGCAAUCUCUGCCAGCAACAUUGCCGCAGCAGCAGCAGCAGCAGCAGAGGCGCACCACGCCCAUUGCCGGCGGAAGUCGCCAGCAGCAACAGCAGCAAAUGGGCGAGGCGGAACAGACCAGCGGCAACUUUCUGCGACCCAUUGCCUUCAAGCCCAUUCCGUUUGAGCCGGACUACCGCAUCGCCUGCCAGCAGCAGCAGCAGCACCAGCAGCAACUGCAGUUGCAACAACAGCAGCAGCAGCAGCAACAGUUGCAGCUGCAACACCAACAGCAUCAGCAGCAGCAGCAGCAUCAACAGCAACACCAACAGCAGCAGCAGCAGCAACAACAUCAGGCGCUGCAGCUGUCGACGGAUGGCGGGCAGGCGGGGGGCGUGGCGGCCGAGCGGUACGGCUACGGAUCGACGCCGUCACUUGCCCCACUGCCCACCGCAUCGGCCCAGAAAUUUGGCAGUACCACUGACCUACGUCACUUGGCCGCUCGACGUCGCAAUCAUCGCCUGCUGCAGCGCUCCAGUAACGAGGACUCCCUGACCUUUGACCUCCUGAGCACGGGCAGCCACGACAGACCCGAUGGAGCCAGCAGCAAGAGCAGCGGCACUGUGGUGGGCAGCAGCGACCUGACGCCCUCGCCGUCGGAUUCUGGGAUCUCGGAACUGGAGGCGGCGCUAAAGGAUCGCGACUCGGAGCUCUCGUACCUGCGACAGGCCAUGGAGCACAAUGAGAAAGUAAUUUUCCAAGUUCAAAAGGACAAGGAGGUGUACUGGGAGCACGAGACGCAGCGCUUGCGGCUCUUCUACGAGGGUCAGCAGCGGGAGUGCCAGCUGAAGCUGCGCAAGAUGGAGCAGCUACUCGGACUGCAGCAGUUCCAGCUGAAGCAGCACAAGCUGCGCCAAUCGGAGCAGGUCAACCGGCUGCAGCAGCAGCUCGAUUUGGCCAGGGACUCCAGCCAGGGGCUGCAGCAGCAGGUGGACGCACUGCGUCACCAGCUGGAGGACAGCGAGUGGCGCGUCUGCGAGCGCAACGGGGAGAUAGCUUUACUCAAGACGCAGCUCAAGGAGGCGCAUCUGGAAAUCAACAUGAAGGAUCAUGCGAUUGUCAGCCUGAAGCACAGCAGCAACAGGAGCAGCAGCAACAGCAGCAGCAGCAACAGCAGCAUCAGCAAGUCCUGUGACACAAACACAAGCCAAAGUCAACCAAAGCAGCAGGCGAAGGAGGAGCAGCAGCAACAGCAGCCAGAGUUGCCGCAACAGCAGCAGCAGCAGCAGCAACAACAUCAGCCCGACCAGCAGCAACUGCAGAAGAUCAUCACGCUGAAGGAUCAGGUGAUUGGAGCGCUGACCAGCGAGCUGGCCAAGUUGCGCAAGGAGCUCUCCGAUCUGGCCAUUGCCCACGAGUACGGCGAGGAGCCCUGCGGCCGAUACACUCGCCUCAAGCAGCAGCUGGACAACCUGAACGAGAUCUGCCAGAAGACACGAAAGUACACAACAAGAUCCGCAUCCCCAACAGCAGCAGUAGCACCGCCAGCAGCACACGUAGCACCAAGCUGUGCCCAGGAGCUGCCCAAGUUGGAUGUGCUGGUGCAGCGAUUGCAAUUGGACCAGGGACAGGGUACGCAGCAAACGCUGGACACGCUCAUCGAGGAGUCCACCACGUAUGCGGAGGAUAUAGCCAAGCUGCGCCAGAAACUGGACGACUUUCGUCUGAAUCUCGAGCUGGAGAAGCGUCAGUGGAGCGCCGAGAAGGACAAGGUGCUGGGCUACCAGAAGCAGCUGCAGGCCCACUACAUCCACAUGUACCAGAAGCUGCGCUGCCUGGACAGCGCUGGAGCAGCAGCUGGCCAGGUGGAGGCCACCAGUGGCAACUGAGCGGAGCUGGGAACUGCAGGCAAUGGUGCUAUCGUCGCUGGGCUAACAAACUUAGGAACCAAGUGGAAAACUUUCUUCCUUGCAACUGAACAAUAUAAUGUUUUUAAAAUACAAACAUAUUUGAAUACUAUUUAUACUUUUGCUAUAAAAAUGGAUUCUUUAAAUUGUCUGCUCUUAUUUUUAAUGUUAACUUUUAUUAAAAAUAAAAGUUAAUGGCACUCAAAACCAGUGAGUUUGAAACAUUUUCCUCCCCCGGCGAUAAAUAAUACACGAUUUUCGAUAUUACUAGAGUUGAUGUACACAUAACUCUGAUGAAUAUUUAUACAAGAUAUGCGUAAUGAAUUUUUUGUUUUUAAUAUUUUACAAAUAUAUAUAUAUAUGUGUACUUUUAAUUUAUUAAAUGUAAUUAUAAACGAGA